UCCGUCAUCGUUGCUCUGGCCGUUUUGUAUGCCAUUAUCGGAAUAAUAUUCUACACCGUGCUGUCUCAGCUUCCUAGUACUGUAAACACCUGCCUUCAAGUUAACGAAGUAAAUAACCUCGAUGAAGUGUGUGGCUUAUUUAACCCGGCAUGGUGGCCUGCGAAAUAUAGAGCUUCCUCAGCGGUUACAAGAAUGUGGUUCAUUUACCAAGUCACCACGGUGUUUGUCCUCUUGUCUCCCAGUUUGCUCUUCUUCUGCUUGCCGUGGGAAGCUGCAAGUCACGCAGUCGCGCGACUAGAGCACCUUAGAACCGAUUACCUCAACGUUUUCAAGAUCAACAGCGACGAAAUCAAAUACACGAAGUUGAGGUUGUGGAUUGAACACCACCAGGAAAUAUUACGGGUAUCCGCCGCACUGAGCGCAGCAACUAAACUGACCAUUGGACAUAUGUCAAUAAUCGCAGGCAUUAUCAUUGGAUGCCUUGGGACACAAGCUUUAAGGGAAGGAAUUCCAAAAUCUAUCAUAUUUAUAAUGGGAGUCUUGGUCGGAUGCUUCGUAGUGUGCCACGCGGGUCAAAGCAUAGUUGAUGAGACUUUGGGUGUUAGUUAUACCGCAUACGGUGUCAGCUGGUUUAAAUGCGACGUCAAAAUUCAAAAGGCUGUCCUUUUUAUAAUUAUGCGCACGCAAAAGCCUGUGCGUCUGGAAACAAUUCCGUUUGGAGCUUUCGAUUAUGCACUUUACUUGUUGAUAGUUAAAACAUCGUACACAUACUUGACGGUGCUAAAUCAAAAAAUGUGAAAAAAAGAUGGUUAAGUUACCCACUGCAAGUUCCAAUACGCGUAGGCCGUAUGAAGCUCGAUAGCAAUUUCCUUUCGGGAAUGAUGAAUGAUCAAUUAAAGAAAUGAAACUCCAUCAAACGUAUGUUAUCCGCAGCUUUCACUAUAAACAGUUGAAUUUUAGUACCACACCGGAAUUUGCGUACGAUAAUAGCCAUAAUUAAACUUUUUAUGUAGUA